AUGGUGAUGUUGACACAACUGAACCUGAAGAUAAUGAAUUUGAAUCUGAAAGCUCAGAUGAAAACAGUAGCAGUGGUGAAAAUGAUGAAACUAGGUGAUGGCUCCCACACACCUAAGAGAAACGGUUCUGGACAAGACGAUGGUGACAACUCCAAGGAACCUAAGGGAGGUAGUUCUGAAAAGGGUGAUGCCUCCAAGGAACCUAAGGGAGGUAGUUCUGGAAAGGGUGAUGGCUCCCACACACCUAAGAGAAACGGUUCUGGACAAGACGAUGGUGACAACUCCAAGGAACCUAAGAAAGACAGACCUGAAGGUAACAACACACACCCUGAUGAUAAUUCUAGUGCAUCAAACAAGCAGCCUAAAGACAGUGCAGAAGGUAGUGGCACCAGCGAAGAAGUAAAUGGAUGGAACAGAAGAAUAGUGGUGAGAAUCCAAGUAAAGAUACCAAGUCCAGAUAUAGAGUCUGAUGAAAAUAGUUCUCUACCGCAUAAGCAUGUUCACAAACGCAGUGCGGAAAAGAAAUGCAAGAAGAGACAUCAUAUUCCACCAUCAUAUUCUGAAGAUGAUUCUUCUAACUCUAGCUCUGAUCAAAUUGACGACACAAGUGAAUCUGUCAGUGCAAAAAAGAAAUGCACGAAAAACCAUCAUCAUCACCUGAUGACGAUAAUACAACUGAACCUGACGAUACUAAAGGUGAUAAUGAUGAUGAUGUUGACACAACUGAACCUGAAGAUAAUGAUGCACCAACCGAAGCACCACAAAGGAUGCAAACACCACAUAACGGAUAGUGAACAUCCAAGUGGUGACAAGAAUCACAGUUCUGAAAAGAAUGAUGGCUCCAAGGAACCUAACGGAGGUAGUUCUGGAAAGGGUGAUGGCUCCCACACACCUAAGAGAAACGGUUCUGGACAAGACGAUGGUGACAACUCCAAGGAACCUAAGAAAGACAGACCUGGGGACAAAGAUGAUACAAACAAGCACCAACCGAAGCACCACAAAGGAUGCAAACACCACAUAACGGAUAGUGAACAUCCAAGUGGUGACAAGAAUCACAGUUCUGAAAAGAAUGAUGGCUCCAAGGUACCUAACGGAGGUAGUUCUGGAAAGGGUGAUGGCUCCCACACACCUAAGAGAAACGGUUCUGGACAAGACGAUGGUGACAACUCCAAGGAACCUAAGGGAGGUAGUUCUAAAAAGGGUGAUGCCUCCAAGGAACCUAAGGGAGGUAGUUCUGAAAAGAAUGAUGGCUCCAAGGUACCAAACGGAGGUAGUUCUGGAAAGGGUGAUGCCUCCAAGGAACCUAAGGGAGGUAGUUCUGGAAAGGGUGAUGGCUCCCACACACCUAAGAGAAACGGUUCUGGACAAGACGAUGGUGACAACUCCAAUGAUAGAAAAUGUGAUGGUGUUAACUGUGAAAAAUAUAAGGAUGUAAAUGGUACCGAAGGUAACAACACACACCCUGAUGAUAAUUCUAGUGCAUCAAACAAGAAGCCUGAAGACAGUGCAGAAGGUAGUGGCAAGAAGACCAGCGAAGAAGUAAAUGGAUCUCCGGAAGGAAUAGUGGUAAAUCCAAGGAUACUUCAAGUAGUAUCUGAUGAAAAUAGCUCUGAUCAAAUUGACGACACAAGUGAAUCUGUCAGUGCAAAAAAGAAAUGCACGAAAAACCAUCAUCAUCAUCAUAUAAAACCUGAUGACGAUAAUACAACUGAACCUGACGAUACUAAAGGUGAUAAUGAUGAUGAUGUUGACACAACUGAACCUGAAGAUAAUGAUGGUGAUGAUGACAAAGAUGAUACAAACAAGCACCAACCGAAGCACCACAAAGGAUGCAAACACCACAUAACGGAUAGUGAACAUCCAAGUGGUGACAAGAAUCACAGUUCUGAAAAGAAUGAUGGCUCCAAGGUACCUAACGGAGGUAGUUCUGGAAAGGGUGAUGGCUCCCACACACCUAAGAGAAACGGUUCUGGACAAGACGAUGGUGACAACUCCAAGGAACCUAAGAAAGACAGACCUGGGGACAAAGAUGAUAAAAACAAGCACCAACCGAAGCACCACAAAGGAUGCAAACACCACAUAACGGAUAGUGAACAUCCAAGUGGUGACAAGAAUCACAGUUCUGAAAAGAAUGAUGGCUCCAAGGUACCUAACGGAGGUAGUUCUGGAAAGGGUGAUGCCUCCAAGGUACCUAACGGAGGUUCUGGAAAAGACGAUGGUGACAACUCCAAGGAACCUAAGGACAGACCUGACAAAGAUGAUACCAAGCACCAACCGAAGCACCACAAAGGAUGCAAACACUAA